AUGGAUGAGGAUCAGGUCCCCUCGCAGAUCGUGCCCGAGAGCACUCCUAAGCGGACCUUUCGUGAUCGCUUGUUUACUGUGAAGAAGACAAUGCUGACCAGAGAUGGUCUUCUUGGUGAUUACGACUACGCGUUCCUGUUCAAGCCGAAUCUGCCUUUCAUGAAGAAGUCGAAACAGGCAGCUCCUUUCUUUGGUCUAAACGACAAGCUCCCCGUUGUGCUCGCCUUGCUGCUGGGAUUCCAACAUGCCCUUGCUAUGUUAGCUGGUAUCAUCACGCCGCCAAUCAUCAUGGCCGGUGCUGGAGGCGUCAACCUAUCCACUGAAAUGACACAAUAUCUGGUUUCGACUGCCCUGAUUGUGUCCGGAGUCCUGUCAAUGAUUCAGAUCACCCGGUUUCAUAUCUACAAGACACCAUACUAUGUUGGCACGGGUUUGAUUUCCGUCGUCGGUAUCUCCUUCGCCAUCAUCCCCGUCGCACAAGGCGCCUUCGCCCAAAUGUACGCUAAUGGCUAUUGCCCGUCUGCCGAAGACGGCACGCCGCUCCCGUGUCCGGAAGGUUACGGUGCUAUCAUCGGCACAGCCGCUGUGUGCGCCCUCGUUGAAGUCUUGAUCUCUUUCAUCCCACCCAAGACCAUGCUGCGCAUCUUCCCGCCCAUCGUCACAGGUCCCACGGUCAUGCUCAUCGGUAUUCACCUGAUCCAGUCUGGCUUCCAGAACUGGGCUGGUGGUUCCGGACUGUGCUCUGCGACCGAGCCAAUCGAGUUUUACGCUCGCUGCCCGAAUAUUACGGCACCGCACGCUCUUCCUUGGGGCAGCCCGGAAUAUCUUGGCCUUGGUUUCUCUGUCUUCUUGACAAUUAUCCUGUGCGAGCGCUUUGGCUCCCCGAUCAUGAAGUCCACCUCUGUCGUCAUCGGUCUCCUAGUUGGUUGCAUCAUUGCUGCUGCUUGCGGCUACUUCGACCGCUCGGGUAUCGACAGCGCCCCGGCUGCUUCAUUCAUCUGGGUACACACUUUCCCCCUUAGCGUUUAUGGACCGUUGGUGCUGCCUAUCAUGGCCGUAUUCAUCAUCUGUGCCUGCGAGGCUAUUGGUGAUAUCACAGCUACAUGCGAUGUUUCCAAGCUCGAAGUUGAGGGCCGGAUCUACGAGAGCCGCAUCCAGGGUGGUGUCUUGGCUGACGGUCUCAACGGUAUCCUUGCCGCUCUGAUGACCAUCACCCCUAUGACAACCUUCGCGCAGAACAACGGUGUUAUUGCGCUUACGAGAUGUGCAAACCGCAAGGCUGGUUACUGCUGCUGCAUGUUCCUCAUCAUCAUGGGCGUCUUCGCCAAAUUCGCCGCCGCCCUUGUGGCCAUACCCUCUGCCGUGCUCGGCGGUAUGACCACCUUCCUCUUCUGCGCCGUCGCCGUUUCCGGCAUUGCCAUCAUUACCCGCGGCGUGCCAUUUAACCGCCGAAACAGGUUCAUCCUGACGGCCGGUCUGGCUCUGGGUUACGGCGCGACACUGGUCCCGACCUACUUCGACAACGUCUUCAGCUACAAUGGCUCCAACCACGGGCUGCGCGGAUUCCUCGACGCGAUCGUGCUAAUCAUGGAGACCGGCUUCGCUGUCACCGCUGUUGUCUGCAUGGUCCUCAACUUGGUCCUGCCGAUUGAGAUUGACGACAUUGACGAGAGCGUCAUCCCUGCUGAUGCUGCACCUGCGAAGGAGCUUGAGCGGGAAGUUAGCGAGGAAGGUUCGCACGCUGCGCCGGUGGAGCAGAAGAAGGUUGAAACUGAAAAGGUGUAA